AUGCCGGUGUCAAUAGGCGACGACUAUUCGUAUUCGCCACGGCCCUUUGUCGUGGCGUCUGCUGCUGUUGCCCUUCCGACCGUAUCGGCCCCGGCACCGGCGGUUGUGGGGAUGUCGCCACCUCCCGCACCUCGAUCCGCGCCAUCCUCCGUGACUCAGGCUGGCCCCGCCCCUGCGCCUGCUGUGGCGCCAGCUCCUGUUGUGGCGUCGUUGGCUGCGCCUGCCGUGACGCAUGAUCCGGCGCCUGCGUCGGCGUCUGCUCCUGCGCACGCCUCGGCGUCUGUUCUUGUGCCCGCUCCUGCGCCUGCCGCGACGUUUGAUCCUGCGCUUCCUCCCGCGCCUGUGUCGGUGGUUCCAUUUGUCUCUGUGGGGGUGUCUGUUCCUGCGCCUGUUGUCGCUGCCUUGUCUGCGGCUGUUGGGGCAGCCUUCGUGCCGCCUCGGGCUGCGCCCACCGUGGCGCCUUCUGCUGCUGUGGCGGAACCGUCUUACCAGCCACCUCUAGCCACCAGCGCCGGCCUGAGCCUGGCGGAGGUGCAGUCGACGCACGUGACGCCUCCGAUUGCUCCGGCCGGGCAGCCUCGUCGCCCUCAGUCACCUGGCCGCCGCCCGUCCCGUCCUCGUUCACCCCUCCUGCAUGAUGAGCGGGAAUCAUCGCGGCGCCGACAGGAUUCUCCUCGGGGCCGCCGAUCCCAGGGGAACUGGACCGCGCGUCGUGGCGGUCGUGGGAGCUGGUGGGGGGGUCGCGGCUAUGGUCGUGGUGCUCCCCCAGAGGAGCCCCAGAUGACCCCGUUGUGGCGUCUCUCGGAGAGCCUUCGGGCGCUCCUUCUGGUGCAGGUGACUGCGCACGCGUCUCUUCCGCCCGUCCCCGCGGAUUCUCUUCUGGACGGCCCGCGGGACGACUGCUUGGACGCGGCGGACCAGCUCGCCCUCCUCUUGGCGCCCGUGUUGGCUGCGCCCGCGCGGGGAGGCGUUGCUGCUGUGGGACAGCUUGAUGCGGCUGUCCGAGGCCUGCGGCGGUCCUUGCGUGCUGGCUCAGGAGCCGAGGCGAUCGCCGCAAGUACCUUGGUGGUCCGGGAGGUGUGGCGGACUAUUCUUCUACUCGCUACCAUUGCCCGGUUCUAG